CAGCCAGUCACUGAGACCACCUGGAACGUACCACCUGGGGCGCGCACCUGGGAGGGAGGCGCAAGCCUGGAACGUACCACCGGAGGCGCGCACUUGAAACAUACCAACGUUGCCUGCAGCUCCCCGGCGCGUGGCAGGAUCCGAGCCCAGACGCAAUGGAAAAUAAUGGAACUAAGAAUAAGAAUUCUAAGAAGAGUGUUUCACAUGAAGAGGAUAGUAGGAAUGAAGUUCAGCAGGGAGUUCAGGAAGAACUUCUCUUUCAUGAGGAAACCAUUGAUCUUGGUGGGGAUGAAUUUGAGUCUGAAGGGAAUGAGACCAUCUCAGAAGAUUCCAAUAACUUUUUAGAUAAACUUAAUGAACAUAUGAUGGAAAGUGUUGUUAUUUCAGAUUCUCCAAACAAUAGUGAAGAUGACACUGGUGAACUUGGUUGCCUGCGGGAGAUUGUAGAGCAAAUGGAAGCCAAAGAUAUUCAUGUAGCAGAGGAAGUGGAUAAAGAAGAAGCCCUGAGUCAGAGUGAAAUGGAACCAGAAGAAACACCCAAAGAUGUUUCUGACAUUGGAACAGAUGAUCAGGCAUCUUUAAAGGAGGAUUCAAUUCAAGAAGCACCAAAAAUUGGACCGAAAGUAGGAGACGAAGUUCCAAUGGCCUCAACGCCAAGUGAUAUUGAUGAAAGUAAAACCGAGGAGCAAAUAUCAUCACCGCUUGCCAGCAGAACAUCUGAUGCUGAGCCGAUCCCUGUGUGCACCAUUUUCAGUCAAGCAAGCCAUGCUAACACUCAACUACAGUUGUUCCUACACGAUGGCUUUGAGCCUCAGAUGGUAAAGUCUCCUAGUUUUAGCAGUGUAAAUGAGACUGCAGCAAAGUCUCAACCACAGGUGGUUCAACCAAGUCCUAGUCUAAGCAAGUUUUUUGGUGAUACUGUUAACACUAAUACUCUAGCUUCUGAUUUUUUUGAUUCAUUUACUACAUCCACUUUUAUUUCUGUCAGUAAUCCUAAUGCAAGCUCUUCAGUACCAGAACACAUGUCAUCUCUUUCUACAGUCGGAGAUCGUUCACAUGCCUCAGCUGACCCCAUCUAUGCAGGAGGAAACGAGAGAUCUGAAGCAGGUGGCCCCCCAGCAUCUUUAGAAAUAUCAGAGUCUCCCAAACCAUUUUCACAGAUCCAGGCUGUUUUUUCUGGAAGUGAUGACCCCUUUGCCACAGCCUUGAAUAUAAGUGAACUAGACAGAAGAAAUGAUGCCUGGCUUCCUAGUGACGAAACCAGAAAUGUUUUAAUCUCAGUAGCCACACAGCAGUACAGCACCGUGUUCAUAGACAAAGAGAACCUCGCUAUGCCUGGAUUAAAAUUUGACAAUAUCCAGGGAGAUGCAGUAAAAGACUUACUGCUCCGCUUUCUUGGGGAACAGGCUGCAGAGAAGAGACAAGUUUUAAAUGCCAACUCUGUAGAACAGUCAUUUGUAGGCUUGAAACAGCUAAUUAACAGCAAAAACUGGAGGGCAGCUGUUGACCUAUGUGGACGACUUCUUACUGCCCAUGGCCAAGGGUAUGGCAAAAAUGGACUGCCUACUAAUCAUACAACAGAUUCUUUGCAGCUGUGGUUUGUGAGACUGGCACUGUUGGUGAAGUUAAAUCUCUUCCAAAAUGCAGAAAUGGAGUUUGAACCAUUUGGAAACCUAGACCAACCUGAUCUCUACUAUGAGUAUUAUCCUCAUGUAUACCCUGGUCGAAAAGGUUCCAUGGUUCCUUUUUCCAUGCGGAUUUUACAUGCUGAACUUCCUCAAUACCUAGGAAAUCCCCAAGAGUCACUUGAUAGACUGCACAGCAUGAAAACCAUCUGCACAAAAAUCUUGGAAAACUUGGAGCAAGGUUUAGCAGAAGAUGGAAGUAUGACUAACAUUACACAAGAGAACAGACAAGCCUCUGUUCAGCUGUGGAGGUCACGUCUGGGCCGGGUGAUAUACUCCAUGGCAAACUGUCUGCUAAUGAUGAAGGACUAUGUGCUUGCUGUAGAUGCAUAUCACACUGUCAUCAAAUAUUACCCACAACAAGAGCCUCAGCUGUUGAGUGGAAUUGGAAGAAUUUUCCUUCAGAUUGGAGAUAUAAAAACUGCUGAAAAAUACUUUCAAGAUGUUGAGAAUGUUACUCAGAAGUUGAAUGGCCUACAGAAUCAAAUUAUGGUUUUAAUGAACAGAGCAUUUCUCCAUCUUGGUCAGAAUAACUUUGCAGAAGCUCACAGAUUCUUCACAGAAAUUUUAAGGAUUGACCCAUCAAAUGCUGUGGCUAAUAACAAUGCUGCUGUUUGUCUGCUUUAUCUGGGAAAAUUGAAGGAUUCCCUCCGGCAACUGGAAGGAAUGGUUCAGCAGGACCCUAAACACUACCUACAUGAGAGUGUUCUUUUCAAUUUGACAACUAUGUAUGAAUUGGAGUCAUCCCGCAGUAUGCAGAAGAAGCAGGCUCUGCUCGAGGCUGUAGCUGUCAAAGAGGGUGAUAGCUUUAACACACAGUGUCUCAAAUUAGGAUAGCUCAUUUUCAACUAUUUAGUUUUCUUUCUGAAAGGCUAAUAUUUAAAUUGUACAUACUCGUGCUAAUGUGUAAAUGUUCCUCUUACAGUUGAAAUAAAAUCUUUUAAUUGUGAA